AUGCAAAAAAGAGCAUUUUUCGGAAAGAAUGCAACAUUGGCAAGGCGGCAGCUAGCAGAACGUUGGAUAGAAAUGCAUACCGACGCCGUGUUGAGGAAUGAUUCCGCGUUGCGGAACCGUCGAGCAGAUGAGGCUGUCGAGUGGUUGCUCAUUGAAUUGAACUUGUCAGAAUACAUUAAGGAUAUGUCAGAUGAGACACCUUGGACAUGGACUGGGGCAAUGUUCUAUGCGGGACAGUUGUAUACCACGAUUGGCUACGGCUACCCGACGGCGAAAACCGACGAGGGUCGAGUCUGCACCGUUCUCUACGCACUCUUCGGCAUCCCAUGCUUUCUCAUGUAUCUCAAGUCGAUUGGUAAAAUGCUGUCAAAGAAAAUGAGGAAGUACUACAAGAAGCUGAGGAGGUCAGCAGUUGGAAAGUUCCUUUUGCCAACAAGGGUUACGGCAAUGAAAGAUGGAUUCGAGGAUGCCGAUGCGGCUGCUGCUGAAGAGCGAAAAAAGAAACCGUUCCCUAUCCCAAUUGCCAUUAUUAUGCUGAUUAUCUGGAUCUGCUUCUCAGCUUCAAUGUUUUGUCUUUGGGAGAAAACAUGGGUUUUCUCGUCGGCUGUCUACUUUUUCAUUGUUUCGAUUACAACCGUCGGUCUCGGCGACAUGCUCUUCCGCACUCCAGAAAUGAUGGUCUUCAACUUUCUCCUUAUUCUUGUCGGCCUUGCUCUCCUUUCAAUGUGUUUCGAGCUCAUCACCGACAGAGUUGCCAAAUGGAAGCAAAAGAGAUUCGAUGAACACAUCAAAAAAGUGCAAAAGAUGGCAUUUCAAGUCUUCGAGAAGGAUCCAUUUGUUGAGGAAGCUCCCCCUCUUGGAGUUCGGAUGGCUCCCAACUUGAUGCAAAUCGCGGCUACCCAUGUCAGUGAAGAAAAACGUGGAUUCUUCGCGGAGUUCAAGGAUUGGUUCGCCGGCAAAGUCACGGAUAAUGUGAUAAUGUCGAAGCUGGAAGAUAGCGACGACGAAUCGGAUUCCGAGGAAGUUCUGGAGGAAUUCGAGUCACCACAGAUUGCAACAGUUACUGCUAAUGAUUUGGUGGUGUGUACAAAUGGUGGAGGAGCAACGAGAAGAGUCAGCAAACAGAGUUAUGCGUUAUCCGACGUGUCCAACCUCUCCAACCCGAAAAACCACCCUGGCAACAACUAUGGACAACUACUUGAUCGAAUCAAGAUGAUGGAGAAGUUCAAGCCAAAAAAGAACGAUCUAGACUCCAGAAUGUUCGCCAAGUUUCUGGAGAACAAGAAGUUGGCGAAGAUUCUGGAACAAACUGAGCUCCGAGAACUGGCCACUGUUUCUUGUCAAACCGAUCUCAGUGGUUUGGUGGUUCAAAGAAGAAAUCCGAAGGGACGACACGCGAGAAUCGGCUCCUGCUCCUCCCAAUCCACAAUGUCAACAAUGCUAACGAAGGACCACAAGCAUGCUCCAGAUGAGGAUUCCGUUAUGUCGAUCACUUUUGGAGAUCUGAAAUUCGAUUACAGAACUGAGCCAUUCAUAGACGAGUGGCAGAUCAGAGAGUCUAAUCACUCAAUUUUUGAUUUCGACGACGACGACAUUCUAAAAAUGCCUCAAAAGACGUUGGUCGCCCGUCCUGGAAUGCCACCACCUCCUCCUUCCCGUUCAUUGAAACUAGCUUCUCCACUAAGAACUUUGAUAGAAAAAGAGCAGAAAUAUGAUGAUAAUGAUCCGGAGAUUCAGUUAACACCAAGGAGAUUAAACUCGUUGACUGAUAUUCAAGCUCGCAAAGUAAAAAUCGGCUACGACGAGAACCUCCAACACGCUCGUCUUGUCUGUGGUCUCCUUCCGCAGGACUUUGACUCACCAUCCACUUCCACCUCCACCUCCAUGAUCGACUCUGGCUAUGAUCUUUCGAAACGUGAUGCUCCAAUCAAUAUGGUUUAG